CAAGUUGAUCUUACUGAACUUGACAAGAUCUUUCUUCUUCUCGUGGAGAACAACCUCAAAGACUGUUUCAAUAUCUUGUGUUAUGACUUGCAAGUUCGAACAAUUGCUGAUUGGCAGAAGCUUGAUGAAGAGGCACUGAAAAGAUUUCGACUUCUACCAAACUUUGCAAAGGAUCAGCUAAGGACUUUGCCACAAAAAGCAGAAAAAACAAAUUUUGUUGCUUUGGCAUUGGUAAGUACAGUGUGUAUGAUCUUUUCAUUCAGUCUUUUACAGUUAGUUGUACUGGAAUGCUUCUUUUUAUUUAUCAAAAUUACAUAAUAAUAAUAAUGAAUAAUAAUAAUAAUAAUAAUUUACAGUGGGAGCAAAAGCCAGCUUAGUAUUUGACUUGCUGUUUUAGGCUUUUUUUGUUUGGCUUUGAAUUUCUGCAAAAAACAAAAAAAGGCAUUGUUCAUAAAUGUCUUGUAGAAACAUGGAAAAGUACCAUACAAGGCACGGUUACAGUCUUCUGGAGUGGCAUUUAUUUCCGUGGAGGACGUAAAAGUUGUGAAGAAAACAGCCAUAGGUCCAAUUUCUGGAUCUGUUUUUGAAGCUAUUUGGACAAAACCCAAUGGAGAGAAGGUGAGGAUUUAACAGGUAAAUAAGCUAAGGUGCAUAAUCAUAAAUCAACUGAAAGUGUUGUCAGUAGUUAGAUGUAUAGCACUCUGAUUGGCUGAGAGGUGUGUUUGCAUGAGAGCAUGUAGACAUGCAUGAUUGUAUGUAAUUUUCAUGUAUUGGGCAAUUCCAGAAAAUAUCCAUACCAUACCACAGAGAGCUUUUUGGAAUUCGAGGAGUAAGGGAGUGGGAGGGGGGGGAUGGGAGGUCUUUGAACUAGAAAUCCAAAGGCAUGGGGGCAUACUUACGAUUGGAAUCUGGAAGGCAUGGGGGGGGUUGGAUCUUGAAUUUCUACAGGAGACAGACAAGAGUGUACUCCUUAAAACAUUUAUUAUCUGGACUUAAUCAACUCACCAAUAAAGCACAAACUGGCAACACUGCUGACAAUUUUGGAUGCAGAAGCAGAAUACAAGACAAGCAUCAAUUGCUGAGGUAUGUUUUUGUGUUCAUUUGUAGAAGAAAAGGGACAAAAUAUGGGUCAUAAAUCAAGCUCCAGGCAAAGGCCACAAAGUGUACAACCUAUAAACAGCAUUGUGGUUAGUUACGUUUUAGCUCUUUAUAGCCAGACAGUGAUCACAAAACGGCUCUACUAGCUUCUGCUCAUCUCAUGUUAUUCCACUCAAUGAAACAAUCUCUAUUAUUUUGUCAGAUAAUAUUAGUUAUCUUGGCAACUGAGUUCGAUACCUGGUUCAUUAAGCUCAUUAUGUCCAUGGAGCUCACUCCACAACCACCCUUGGAUCAAGAUGGUGAUCUCAAAGUACCCUUGUUUGACCUUUAGCUAUGUCAUGUUUAGAUGCCAAAAUCUCAUUGGUUCCUUAGCAUCAAUUGUCCAUGGUACCUCCAACCUUAUUGGCCCAUCACCCUUUAAAAAACAUACUAACAGAAAAGAUACAAAAAUACAUAUGCUAAGACCACUGACAUAUGAGCUAUUUUUUUGUUUCCUGGUGGAGCACUGUAGCACUAAUGCAGGUGGGGGCCAUGGGUUCAAAUUGUGUUGAAGUCCUGAAUUUUUUUUUUUGUUUGGGGAGGGGGUUAUUUGCAAUUGCUUAAAUUGCAAUGACCACUGCGCUGAUCAUAUCUUCGUUUAAAAUUUGUAUUUCUGCAAUUCACAUCAUCUUCAUACCACUGCUAUCAUUAAANCCCCCCCCCCCCCCCCCCCCCCCCCCCCCCCCCCCCCCCCCCCCCCUGGUCGCAGAAAGCAAAUCAAGCCCAGUGUAAAUAGCGGAUAAUGUUCUGUACCAGGCUGGUGCAUUGUAAGGCUAAUGUAGGUUGCUUCUAUUAAACAGUGAUAACAAGAAAACUUCCAUUUGUUAAUUUUUAUUCCAGAAUUUCUGUAGUCAUAUUAACUCCCAUUAUAACCAGCUGUGCUGAACAGAUGUAGAGUCAGUAAGCCAAAUUGGGGAUUAUUUUGUGAACCCUGCCAGUAAUUCCAAAGGGUUUAACAAAAAAAGGAAAAUGGAAGGUCCAAGCGGGAGGGGGGUUAUCGAUUAUGGAAUUUGCAGGGCAUGGAGGAUAGCUCAUUUUGGAAAUUCUGAAGGCAAGGGGGGUUAAAAUAUGGAAGCCAUCUGUGGUAUGGUAUGAAUAUUUUUUAGAUUAGCCCUUUUAUUGUCUAUCUCAGGCUAUGUUACCACUGGAAAAGGUUUCUACUGCUUAAACAUUACUCAGGGUGUGAUAUAUUGAAAUGAAACAACUUGAUCCAGUUUUGAGACCUCUUCUAUACGUUUAACUUAUGAAUCAACAACCAAGCUUUCACUUAAUCUACGUAAAAACACAAGGCAUGUCAUAAACUUCACAUUAAUUUUGGGUAUUUUAUUGUCUCAAACAAUAUUUCAUUACCUAGUACUAAGCAUAUUCCUUUUUAUAGGAAAGUAAUACGUAGUAAUGCUGCAUGAAAUUAAUGCAGAGUUCAAAAAUUUUGUCAGUUUAAGUUUCCUUAAUUUUUGUUAACGUUAAUUCCUAAACCCUUAAUUACGGGGAACAUUAAUUUCCACAAGCUUAAUAUCCUUUAUUUUGGCUCACUCAGAAAUUUGGUGCUCCUUAAAUAUUAUUAUAGUCCUUGAAUAAUAUGUAACGUUGAGCUAUGCUGCAUAUUUUUACAGAUGCGAGUAUGUUUAAGAUACGAUCGAUCACAGGGUCAGCGACAUCAUUUUCUUCAUGAGGCUGAAAUCUCUGCAUCAUUGACACAUGAGAGCAUCCUUAAUCUCCACGGAGUUAUUCUACCGGGGCUCUACACAGAUUCAGUGGCUCUAGUGAGUGCAUUUUAGAGCAUUUUUAUUUCUCUGUAGUAUACAUUCAAGCACAAAAAUUAAUGUAAUUUUGGCAGUGAAUUUAAUGCAAAAAUCUUAAUGUUCCACUACCCACUUGUAUUUCAAGAUCCUUGGGGUUUCCCUAGAAAUUUAAUCCACCAAAAUGAAGCUGGCAAGCCUGGUGAAUGCCCAGCAAAAGGCAUGGAGAUUUUAUUGUAAGAGAUACAAACAGGUAGGAGAGAAUGCAUUUCAAAGCUAAAUGUCAAGUUGUUACCUUCAGUUUUUAGUUCAAGACCAACCUUGAAAUUUUGUUCUCUUCACGUGCCUUAAUAUGCCGAUACAACAUGCCACCCUUAAAAAGUUUGCCCUUUAGUACAGAAACAUUUAUUGUUGCAAGCAUUUUCUGCUUGGUUUUUGUGUCAUUUCCCAGAAAUUACAUAAAACAAGAAUUGAAUUUUAACUGGGCUGCUAAGGGCCAUUUUUUGGGGGGCUGUACACACUCAAACCACCACAUAACCUUGUCGCUGACCAUUGUGUGACUUAGCAUCUCAUGUGAAAGUUAAAUAUAAACUCAUUUGAACAUUGUAGCCUUUUGAAGACUUUCAUAUUUAACAAGACAAAUGGGUACCAUUUUUAAGUCGGGGCUGUAUGGUAACUUUUCAAAUUCCACCAUCAUGAAUAUAAAAAUAAGCAAGUUAGCCAUUCUAAGCAGGAAACAAUAAGCGAUAUUUUCAUGCACCCCUCCCCCAAUCCCUCUGCAACCCAAAAUAUAGUGUGACAGUAUAACGUGACUAAUUUGACCAAACUGGAAAUUCCAAAAAUUAUUGUCGUUCUAAAUGUCUUCUAAUGCUGUUAACAAGCAGUACAUUUCCCAAUUCUGGUUCUUAAACUAACAAAGUGAAUUGAAUUUAAGUUUUGUUUUUGUCUGAUAUUGCGUUUAAAGCCUUUCUAACUGUCCUAGGCAAUAUAAUAUAUAUAUUUAAAUUUUUUUUCGUGGUGAUCAUUCCCCAGGACAUUUCUUUCCAGUAAGGAAUGACUGUUCGCACGCGGAGCAAGACUUGCAAUAAGAUAAAAAGAGACUCUGGCUGUCACAUUUUGAAGGGUUUAAACUUCAAAAUAAAGCAAAGAGAAGCCUCGAAAGCGACCCAUACACUUCCUUACAUUUGCCUUAUGUGCAUUGAUCUGAAAUAUUACUUAGUUCUAGUGUCAGGAUUGGAUUUGAUUUGAUUUUCGUCUAGGUGUUGGAUUAUGCUGAGUGUGGGAACAUUCUAGAAGCUAUGCCAAAACUUUCAGUUUUCAGUCUGAUUCAGAUGGUAACACAGCUUGCUUCUGCCUUGGAAUAUCUUGACAGUAAAAAUCUUAUCCACUUGAGAAUUAACACUAUGUCCAUUUUUGUGGUAAAACCAGGCAAGGUAAGAACAACUUGUAUUGAUCGGUCACAUUAA